CCAAGCCAGGGUUCCCCGGGCUGCCGCCCCUGCCCAUGUCUUGCCAACUGCUCAGAACUAAUCCCCCACGUGCCUGCCACCUUCCACAGGAGCCACGGAGACAGCAGCACAUCAAGGUCCAGCUCCGACCCCCAGCCGGGGCCUCGAGCUGCCCCCGGGCCCAGUAGCCCCCAACUGCGGCCCCCUCCUCCCAGGGCCCAUCGGCACCCGCUUCCUGCUUCUCCAUCAAUGGGACCGGGCCGGUGGGAGACUCCACUCCGGUCCCCGGGGCUCGGUGGGCCCCACCUGCUCCCGGGCUUGUCGGGGACUGGCCGGGAGAAACGACCAGCACCACGGCCCACAGCCACCUCCCGCCUUCCUGGCCAAGUGGAAUGUUUGCUUCCGAUCAAAUUCCAACAGGCUGCCCGCCGGGCCCAGUGUCCUGUCUGCUGACUCACGGAGCCCCGCACCCCACUGCUCUCGCUGGUCCCUUUGGGAUUAACUAGCGCUAGAACCUGCUCGCCUUGUUCAGCUCAGCCCUGCAACCAGUGGCCUGUCGGGCUCCGAGUCACCCGACGGAAAGACGAGACCCUGACGUGUUGGAUGAGCAGGCCCCCCUGGAAGAGUCCACUGUGUGAGAUGGUGCAGCCUAGCGGCGGCCCAGCAGGGGACCAGGGCGCACUGGGUGAAGAGUCUUCUCUGGGGAAGCCAGCCAUGCUUCACCUGCCUUCAGAGCAGGGUGCUCCUGAGACCUUCCAGCGCUGUCUGGAGGAGAAUCAAGAGCUCCGAGACGCCAUCCGCCAGAGCAACCAGAUGCUGCGGGAACGCUGCGAGGAGCUGCAGCGUUUCCAGGGCAGCCAGAGGGAGGAGAAGGCCUUCCUCAUGCAGAAGUUCCAGGAGGCCCGGGACCUGGUGGAGAGGCUGAGCCUGGAGAAGCGGGAGCUGCACCGGCAGAGGGAGCAGGCCCUGCAGGAGCUGGAGUGCCUCAAGACAUGCCAGCAGCAGAUGGCCGAGGACAAGGCCUCAGUGAAAGCCCAGGUGACGUCCUUGCUGGGGGAGCUGCAGGAGAGCCAGAGUCGCUUGGAGGCCGCCACCAAGGAGAGGCAGGCUUUGGAGGGCAGGUGAGUAGGGAGGGAAAACCAGCCUGGAGGCCGCCGUCAGGGUGCCCGAGAAGAAUGAGGCCGUUCAGGGGCUUCCAGAGAGUUCCUCUGUGACAGGAUGGACGGGAGCACACGGGCUUGGGGCAGGUGUGUGGUGGGGCUGUGGACUGGGUGUCCAGGACCUGAGUCCCAGCGGCGCUUCUGGCCUCUCUGACCUUUUGCUGGAGUUUGAUUAUUUCCUGAGGGGGCAUUUGCUGGGCAGCGGGGAAGAGCACCCCCGUGAAAGCACGCCAGUGCCCUCCCGGCUGAGGCUGAUGACAGGGAAAGGGCACACGCCAGCACCCCCAAGGACAGAAGACGCGGGUCGGGGGUGGAGAACCCCACACCUUCGGCUUCCUCUCUCCCUCCCCUGAGGGGCCAGCCGAGCACCCUCCCUUCUCCGGCAGUGACAGAUGCCUCCCUGGAGACCCAG